AUGCCCCCAAAGACUGGCUCUUCAGCAGCUAAGAAAAAGACCCCAUCUUCCAACACAUCAGAUGGGAUUAAAGCAACAAAGUUCAAAUUACCUAUUGAAUAUAUAACUAGACCUUUUCCAUCAAACGAAAAUAGCGACAAAAAUAAUUCAGUGGCGAUUGUACAUCCAGAUGUAUUGAAAGAACUAGAUAUAACAAGCGGUUGCAUGUGCAGUAUAUCCAAGAUAGGUGCAACUGGAAUUAUAGCCAUUGCGAAAGCUGGAGAUGCGAAUUCUCAACCUGAAAAUGUUAUUUUGCUUUCAAAAACCAUUAGAUGUGUUGCUAAUAUUAUUCUCGGAGACAGGCUAGAAUUAAAGAAGGCUGUAAGACAGCCUCCUUAUGCGUCAAGUAUUGUGAUUGGUAAUUUACCGCAAGAGCAAUUGAAUGAAACAAAACUGCUUAAGAGGCUCGAACAAAUGAUCGAUGAUACGGGAGUAGUGAUGCCCGGCAUGAUUUUCCACGAAAUAGUAGUUGAUAAAGAGUACAAAAUAGAUGUAGUCAUCAUAGAUGUAUUGAACGAUACGCUUCCCAAUAUAUCAAGUGUGACUUUGAGUAACAAUCAAAACGGAAUCUCGGAUUCUUUCUCAGAUAGUUUCGAGUAUAUAUCACCACCAGUGAUAUUUCGUAAAGACUUUACCAAGGUCACUUUUUCUUCGGUUAAACUACCAAAUUCAAAGUACCAGUUACCAGAGGCACUGACCUAUAGUUCAGUUGGCGGUCUCGCGAAGGAAAUAGACCUUUUGAAAAGUACCAUUGAACUGCCGCUGCAUAACCCAACCUUAUUUACAAGAUUCUCUGUUAACCCACCCAGAGGAAUUCUCCUCCACGGCCCUCCUGGGACGGGUAAAACCAUGCUUUUGAGAUGUGUUGCAAAUUCAUCCAAUGCUCACGUUCUGACAAUAAAUGGUCCUUCAAUAGUUUCGAAAUAUUUGGGUGAAACGGAGGCUGCAUUGAGAAACAUGUUUAAUGAAGCUAACAAAUACCAGCCAUCCAUUAUUUUUAUUGAUGAGAUAGAUUCUCUCGCUCCAAAUCGUUCUAGUGAUGAUUCAGGGGAGGUUGAAAGCAGAGUUGUGGCGACCCUACUUACUUUAAUGGAUGGCAUGGGAGCGGCAGGUAGACUGGCCGUCGUUGCAGCUACAAAUAGGCCCAAUGCUAUUGAUCCAGCUCUUAGAAGACCGGGAAGAUUUGACCAAGAAGUUGAAAUUGGAAUCCCGAAUGCAGAUGCAAGACUAGAUAUUUUAUUGAAACAAUUCAAUAAAAUGUCACCAGAGCGUCAUUCGUUAUCUGGUGAGGAUAUUAAGAAUAUUGCGUCGAGAACUCACGGGUAUGUUGGUGCUGACUUAACAGCUCUUUCGAGAGAGUCCGUUAUGAAGACAAUUCAAAGAGGAUUACAAAAGAGUGUUGAUUUUGACGAUCAUUCAUUAAAGGUAACUGUAGAUGAUGUCGAAAAUGCAAUGGCAGAGAUAAGACCAAGUGCGAUGAGGGAAAUCUUUCUUGAAAUGCCAAAAGUUUACUGGUCUGAUAUUGGCGGCCAAGAAGAUUUAAAGCGCAUGAUGAAAGAAAUGAUACAAUUGCCAUUGGAAGCUUCAGAAACUUUUACAAGACUGGGAGUCUCAGCUCCAAGGGGUGUUCUAUUAUAUGGUCCUCCAGGUUGCUCAAAAACGCUAACAGCAAAGGCGCUGGCUACCGAAUCCGGUGUCAAUUUUCUCGCUGUUAAAGGUCCAGAGAUUUUUAACAAAUAUGUGGGCGAAUCGGAAAGGGCCAUAAGAGAAAUAUUUAGGAAGGCACGAGCAGCAGCACCAAGUAUUAUUUUUUUUGAUGAGAUUGAUGCCAUCUCUUCUGACCGUAGCGGUGACGGACCUUCAACUGCGGCUGCAGGCCAUGUUUUGACAUCUUUACUGAAUGAGAUUGAUGGUGUGGAGGAAUUGCAUGGUGUCGUAAUUGUGGGAGCUACCAACAGACCUGAUGAGAUCGAUGCUGCUUUACUAAGACCAGGGAGACUGGACAGGCACAUAUAUGUGGCUCCCCCAGAUUUUGCAGCCAGACUGCAAAUUCUUAGGAAGUGUACGCAAAAAUUUAACUCAGAUGUGCCACCAGAUUACGAUCUGGAGGACUUGGCGAGGAGAACUGAUGGCUGCUCAGGCGCUGAAGUCGUAUUACUCUGCCAGGAAGCUGGUUUGGCGGCAAUUAUGGAAAAUGUGAACACUACAAGAGUUGAAGCUCGUCACUUUGAAAAGGCAUUAGGUGGCAUUUCAAGGGGAAUAACCGAAGAAAUGCUCGAUUACUAUCGAGCGUUUGCUAUGAGAGGUGGCAUAUCCGUAUAA